CAGCAGCUUAAGAAGGGAAGUCUGGGCUUCGCUCUCCCCAGCCACUUCCUCCAGCUCUUCCAGGGGAAUCCCGAUGCGUUCCCAGGCCAGCUGGGAGACAUAGUCCCUGCAGCGUGUCCUGGGUCGUCCCCCGGAUCUCCUCCCAGUGGGAUGUGCCCGAAACACCUUACCAAGGAGGUGUCCAGGGGCAUCCGAACCAGAUGCCCAAGCCACCUCAUCUGACUCUUCUCAAUGCAGAGGAGCAGCGGAUCGACUCCAAGCCCCUCCCAGAUGACCGAGCUUCUCACCGAAUCGCUAAGAGAGAUUCCGGACACCCUGCAGAGGAAACUCAUUUCGGCGCUUGUAUCCACGACCUUUCGGUCAAGACCCACAGAUUAACCGGUAAAUUGAGAACUUUGCCUUUCGACUUGGCUCCUUCACCACGACAGACCGAUACAGAGUCCACAUCACUGCAGAUGCUGCACCAAUCCGGUUGUCGAUCUCCCGCUCCAUUCUUACCUCACUCGUGAACAAGACCCUGAGAUACUUAAUCUCUUCCACUUGGGGCAGGAUCUCCUCCUCGACCCAGAGUGGGCACUCCACUCUUUUCCAACUGAGCACCAUGGCUUCAGACUUGGAGGUGCUAAUUUUCAUCUCAUCCGCUUCAUACUCGGCUGCAAAACCACUCCAGCGAGAUUUGAAGAUAGCAGCUUGAUAAAGCCAGCAGAACCACAUCAUCUGCAAAAAGCAGAGAUGCAACGCUUAGGUCACCAAACUGGACCCCCUCAAUGCCUCGGCUGCAUCUAGAAAUUCUGUCCAUAAAGGUCGCGGGCGUGCUGGAGCCUAUCCCAGCUAUCUUCGGGCGAGAGGCGGGGUGCAGCCUGAACUGGUCGCCAGCCAAUCGCAGGGCACAUAUAGACAAACAACCUUUUACACUCACAUUCACACCGACGGGCAAUUUAGAGUCUUCAAUCAUCCGGAAAAAACCUACGCAGGCACGGGGAGAACAUGCAAACUCCACACAGGCGGGGCCGGGAUUUGAACCCCGGUCCUCAGAACUGUGAGGCAGACGCUCUAACCAGUCGGCCACCGUGCCUCCCUAAACAUUGAUAUAUUUAUGUAUAUUUAAAUAUUUAAAGUUUUACUUUUGCACUACUGUAUAUACAUCUCAUUGCACAGUGCUGUAUAUUCAAUUGGAAGCGACCCAAUAAAGCCUCUUUCUGGUUCAUUUCUAGACAGACCCUUUGCUCUCAUCAGCCAAAGAGCUGUGUGCGCUGGUGCAGGUGUGGCAAGGGUUAAGGAUGUUAUUUCCAAUGGCCCAAUUGUACACUGACCACUCCCCUAGGCUCAGUGAAGCUCUUAUAAAAAGGCCUCCAAGUUCCCCCCGGCCUGGUAAAGGGGUUGAAUGUGUGCAGUGCGUGCUUCCGCUGUAUCUGUCUCAGUGUUCUGCUAACUACGCUGGCGUUGGCCCGUUGAUGCGAGCAGACUGGUGCGGUGCUCCACUCAGGAGCUCUCCAUGACAGACAUUCCCAAAGUAUCCCAAGUUUGGUUCGAGUCACUACUUUUUCCUGUUGAAGGGCAGAUUUGAACAAGGUGUUUAGUGUUCAGGGAGGGGUAGGUCUCUAUUUAGUUGACUGAUAGUUUGUGUUUAGUCCACUUUUGGGUCACCAUGUGGGAAAUCCGGUCCAUGUCCUUCUGGCGGGCAGUGUUCGCCGAGUUCUAUGGCACCAUGUUCUUUGUCUUCUUCGGCUUGGGGGCCGCCCUCCGGUGGACCACGGGGCCCCACAACGUCCUGCACGUGGCUUUCUGCUUUGGCCUGGCGGCUGCCACACUCAUACAGUCCAUCGGCCACAUCAGCGGCGGACACAUCAACCCUGCUGUGACCUUCGCCUUCCUGAUUGGCUCCCAGAUGUCGCUGUUCCGCGCCUUCUUCUACAUAGUCGCCCAAUGUCUGGGAGCCCUGGCCGGCGCCGCCGUACUCUACGGGGUCACGCCCACCAACAUGAGGGGCAACUUGGUCCUGAACACGCUGCAGCCAGGCAUCAGUCUGGGCAUGGCCACCACUGUGGAGGUCUUCCUCACCCUGCAGCUGGUGGUCUGCAUCUUUGCUGUGACAGACGAGCGUCGCAACGGACGCUUGGGAUCCGCUGCCCUGGCUAUCGGUUUCUCCGUGCUGAUGGGACAUCUUGUUGGGAUUUACUACACCGGAGCGGGAAUGAACCCAGCAAGAUCCUUCGCCCCAGCUGUGCUGGUCAGGAAUUUUGUCAACCAUUGGGUGUACUGGGUGGGGCCUUUGAUUGGCGGCGCUGUUGGCGCUCUGCUCUAUGACUUCAUACUCUUUCCACGAAUGCGUGGCCUCUCCGAGAGGCUCGCCACACUGAAGGGCAUUCGGCCCCCAGAGGCCGAGGGUCAGCAGGAGACCAGAGAGCCCAUGGAGCUCAAAACGCAAGCGCUAUAAGGCCGCAGACGAACAACGAGGUGCUCGUCAAACCCCUCUUUCCAUUUCAACCCUUGUUCUGACACAAGAACUGGGCCUCUUGCCCCCUUUUGGACUGCAGAACAAAGAUGAAGGCUUCAGACCAAGUCACCUUCUUUCUCUUCUCUCGUUUUUUUUCUUUUUCUUUUUGCUAGGAGUGAAGCUACCAUAGACUUCAGCA